AUGGCAAGUAUCAGUCUCAAAACUAUCGAAGCCUGCGACGAGAGGCGCAUGCGCCACACACCAUUAAGCACCAAUUCCAAUGCAUAUUCGACGUACACGAGCACGAAGGAUCUCCUCCAGAGAAUCAAGCAACGAGGCAACGAAAACAAGAUGAACUUAAGGGGAUCAUCUCGCACGAGUUACGAGAUGCAACUUUCGAGGGCAACUGGGUACGAGAGGCGUGGUAUUGAUAAGGUGGUAUUCGAUGGGUUGCGAGGAAAGGAGUGGACGACGAACAUCGGCGCCGAUGAAUUUGGGCUCCUAAAUUGGCCAGAAGCCGGAAAAGGACACGAGCGAUUAUUCUACGAACCACUGGUGAAGUUGUUCAAUACGAUUAUCGAUAAAUUCAAGGCCCUGCGCCCCAGCCAAUACCAGAAAUCCUAUUUCAGAGAUUUUUUGCGAGGCUCUAUCGACAGCGAAGCUCCUUUGAAACCGGAUUUCGUAGCACUCGAUGGCAUCCUUGGCACUGAUGUUCGCCUAUAUUGGUACCAGACGCUGAUUGUUGGUGAUGUCGAAGGCCAUUGGGGCGACCUCGUUGCUCAAGCCGGAACUUAUGCUCGAUGCCUUUUCGCGGCGACGGAACAUCGCAUUUUCAUCCCGAUGUUCCUCUUUUGCCAGGACAAUCUUUCGUUUCGAGUAUGCCUGUAUCACCGCGGUGGAUUAUUAGCAACCACCCCCAUGGCUCUCGCCACCAAGGCCGGCUUUCGCGAAGUUGUUGCCACUAUCGUUGGUAUAUGGCAAUGGGAGACACUCUCUCAAGCCGGGUAUGACCCUUGCAUGACCCAUUCCCAUAUCUCACUCAAUCACGCCCAGUACCGUAUCACCCAGGUUCUUUGCCGUCGGCAGGCCAUCCGGGGUCGGGGCACGGGCGUUUUCGCAGUCAAGCUGGACAAGGAGCUUGGACGACCUUCGCGAUCCCGGCUCCGUCGUUUUCUCCCAGAAUUUACGAAGGAGCUACUGGAGAAAGCGUGCAACCCCACUGCGACGAAGCCACUGAAUGUCAAGUUGCCCGAAUCUUUUAUCGUAAAAUGCUCCCAUCAACCCGCUGGCCGCGAUAAGGAAGAGGAUAUUUUCAGAUCUGUUCAAGGCUACAUUGGCAUCCCUGAUAUUUUGAUUGGGUAUGAAGCACAGCAAUUUCACACUUCGAAGAAUGUCCCUGAAUUCUGGCCUAUCAAAUUUCGCAAGAAUAAUGAAGACGCUAUGAACCCACCUGAUGAGGGGACGGCCACUCUUAUAUCUGACUCCACGGCUCAAGCCUUUGAGGUUCGAUGCCAUCGUCAUCUAGUUAUAGAAACAAUGGGACACCCGCUAGAUGAGACUUUGGGCCCUCAGAAACUUGCGCGGGCUCUCCAGCAUGCCGCGAUGGGCAUUGUGCCUUGUUCACCCAAGGUCGUUACCUCCAUCGUGAUGUCAGUAAUGGCAACAUCAUUGUUUUUAGACGAACCCGUACCCCGACGAAUACCUGAUAUCCAGGACUGCGUCGCGUUCCUCAUCGAUGGUGAUGGGGCUCAAAGAUGGGGCAGUGCCGAGCAAUCUUCGCAUCGUUUCGGUACUUUACCCUUCCUCUCACUACGCAUUUUGACGGAAUGGGCCUCAGGCGGGCAAGCAUCUCAUACGCCCAUCGACGAUUUGGAGUCUUUUGCAUGGGUACUCCUUUACGAACUACUUCACUGGGCACCGAGCAGGACGCAGUCGGAAACAAGAUGGUGGAAGCUUCUCAACGCCGAUGGAGUCUCGCAUAUGCCCGUCUCGAAACGAUCCAUUCUGUACGAAUGGCAGGUUGAAGGGCCCCAAGCUAUCUACCUUUCCUGCUGUGAGAAGUUGCUGGAGAAGUGGUUCAACAGUGUGCAAUCGUGGUCAAAGAAGUGCCAGAACCUCAUGGACACGAGGGUUGCCUUGGAUUCCGAAGAACUGAUGGGACUUUUUGGCGAGGCGUACAAAGAGUUCAUUGGGAUUGUCGAUACUCAGAUUCCUCUCAUGCGAAUUCCGUAA